UUUAGUUCGUUUUUUUCCAUUCAACUGAUAGGGUUGCUUAUUGCUUGUGAUAAAGUAAAGUAAAUUUUCCACAACUACAAAGUCAAGAUGGCUGCAUUUUUGAAGGCUUCCAGAUUAAUGGGUUCUUUUGGUCAGACCCGUUUCUUCAGCUCAAAAAUCAAUGAAGUGGUAAUUGUGUCCGCUGCCCGUACUCCAAUGGGCAGUUUCCAAUCACAAUUGGCUCCCCUUUCUGCCACGCAAUUGGGUGCUGUGGCUAUUGAAGCAGCUGUACAAAGAGCUGGCAUUAGCAAGGAAGAUGUCCAAGAAGUUUAUAUGGGCAAUGUAGUGUCGGCCGGUUUGGGUCAAGCUCCCGCCAGACAAGCUGCCAUAUUCGCUGGUUUGCCUAAGAAUGUCUGUUGCACAACCAUCAAUAAGGUAUGUUCAUCUGGCAUGAAAGCCGCCAUGAUUGCCAGCCAGUCUUUGAUGUUGGGGCAAGCUGAUAUUGUUGUAGCCGGUGGCAUGGAAUCCAUGUCCAAUGUUCCAUACUACUUGAAACGUGGCCAAACUCCUUAUGGCGGUGUUAACCUCAUCGAUGGUAUUGUUUUCGAUGGUUUAUGGGACGUUUACAAUAAAUUCCACAUGGGAAACUGUGCUGAAAAUACUGCCAAGAAAAUGGGCAUCACCCGUCAAGAUCAGGAUGAUUUCGCCAUCACCUCCUAUAAGCGCUCUGCCAAGGCCUGGGCUGAUAAGGUCUUCGAAGCUGAAAUUGCCCCUGUAACCAUUCAACAAAAGCGCAAAGCCGACAUCAUUGUUGCCGAAGAUGAAGAAUACAGACGUGUCAAUUUCGACAAGUUCGGCAAACUAGCAACUGUUUUCCAAAGAGAAAAUGGCACUGUAACAGCUGGCAAUGCCUCAACCUUAAACGAUGGCGGUGCAGCUUUGGUUCUAAUGACUGCCGACAAAGCAUCCCAAAUGAACAUGAAACCUUUGGCUCGUGUUGUGGCUUUCCAAGAUGCUGAAACUGAUCCAAUUGAUUUCCCCAUUGCUCCAGCAUUGGCUAUUCCCAGAUUAUUGGAGAAGGCUGGCAUUAAGAAAGACGAUGUUGCCAUGUGGGAAAUCAAUGAAGCUUUCUCAUUGGUCGUUGUAGCCAACAUGCGUAAAAUGGAUGUUGAUCCCAGCAAAAUAAACGUGCAUGGUGGUGCUGUCUCUCUAGGCCAUCCCAUUGGUAUGUCUGGUGCUCGUUUGAUUACUCAUUUGUCUCAUGCUCUUAAGACCGGAGAAUACGGUUGUGCUUCUAUUUGCAAUGGUGGUGGCGGUGCCUCAUCAAUUUUGGUACAGAAAUUGUAAAUUAAAACAAAAAAACUAAUCAGGCGAUGAUGACUUUUCAAAAGUGCCUUUAAACCAGUCUUGCAUUUAAAUUGUAUAUCUAUUUUUAUAUAAAAUUUAUUAUUAAUUAUGUAAUCAUCUACUAUGUUGAUCGUAUGUUUUCUAUGUUCUAUUUUUUUAAUACAAUGUAUUUAAAUAAAUUUAAGCAUAAAUAUUUCAAAA